UCAAGCUAUCAGCAUUCAACUUCCAAGACAGCGGAAUAAUAAUGGUCAAUUUCAAAGACCUCCAAGACCGCGAAAUAAUAAUAGCCAACCUCGAAGGCUUCAAACAACCCCAUACACUAGAAAUAUAUUUAUUGAUACUCAACAACACGCAGCCUUAAUUGAAGGUGCGCCAUUUGACAUAAUGCAAAAUGCAAGAAUUUCUUCACGGCGUAUCAAAUUUUCGAGAGCGUUAUUUUCCGGAUUUCCUUUCACCUAA